GCGCGUUUCGCUCGCGCGCCGGCACAUAAAUCGCGUCGGCCUCCGGCUGCCCGAGAGCCGUACGUACUACAGAAAUACAAGUGCUAACUUAGCUUAUUAGCGGAUAAUCCCCCCAGCGAGCGAGCGAGCGAGGCUGCUGCUGCGAAAUGAUGACACUGUCGACGUCGGAGCGGCAGCCGCAGCCGGAGAAGAAGCCGCCACGGACGAGGCCGCCGCUGCCAGGCAAGGCCGUGGCCGCGCUGUGCGUGGCGAGCUUUGUCGUGGGCUUGCUGCUCAGCGGCCGGGUGGUGGUGCCGUUGCUACCUCCGGGCUCGUCGUCGCCGGCGAGCAACUACAAGACGUCCUUCUCUACUGGCUGCGAGAACAAACGCGCUAAGCUAGGCGAGAGCAAUCCAACGGACAUCAUGAACGAGGUGUCCAGGACUCACCACGCAAUCCAGUCCCUGGACAAGGCGGUGUCUUCUCUGGAGAUGGAGCUCGCCGUGGAGCGCGCUCGGAGCAGCGCCGCCGUCGGCGCCGGCACGGCCGUCUCAUCCCUGGGCCCACAGAAGGCCUUCGUCGUGAUCGGCAUCAACACCGCCUUCAGCAGCAAGAAGCGCCGCGACUCCCUCCGCGACACCUGGGUCCCUAGAGGGGAUAAGCUGAGGAGGCUGGAGAAGGAGAAGGGGAUCGUGAUCCGGUUCGUGAUCGGGCGGAGCGGCGCGGCGGCGGCGGGCGACGGGCCGCUGGACCGCGCGGUGGACGCGGAGGACGCCGAGAACAAGGACUUCCUGCGGCUGGAUCACGUGGAGGGCUACCACGAGCUGUCCUCCAAGACCAGGGUCUACUUCACCACCGCCGUCGCCACCUGGGACGCCGACUUCUACGUCAAGGUCGACGACGACGUCCACGUCAACCUCGGGAUGCUGACGAGCAGGCUGGCCAAGUACAGGACACGACCGAGGGUGUACGUCGGCUGCAUGAAGUCCGGACCUGUUCUGUCGCAGAAGGGAGUGAAGUACCACGAGCCGGAGUACUGGAAGUUCGGGGACGAGGGGAACAAGUACUUCCGCCACGCCACCGGCCAAAUCUACGCCGUUUCCAAGGAUCUCGCCGCCUACAUCUCCAUCAACCAGCCGAUCCUGCACAGGUUCGCAAACGAGGACGUCUCCCUCGGCGCGUGGCUGAUCGGGCUCGAGGUCGAGCACGUCGACGACCGCAGCAUGUGCUGCGCCACGCCGCCAGAUUGCGAGUGGAAGAAGCGAGCUGGGAACGUGUGCGUGGCGUCGUUCGAUUGGUCGUGCAGUGGGGUCUGCAAGUCAGUGGACAGGAUGAAGCACAUCCACAGGGCCUGCGGCGAAGGCCAGGGAGCAGUCUGGAGCGUCGCUACGUGAUGAUCACAUCAUCAGCUUUAAUCGUAGCAUUAAUCUUUGGUUUUAUGAUGGUGCAAAGCAGCUAGCGGGCGACGAGGGGACUAGUUUAACUGAAUGAUCGAUUGUUUCAGAUGAUUAGGAAACGAGCCACGUAGAAUGGAUGAACGUGCAUGAUGGUGGAAAAUGGAAAUGCAUGGGUGGUAACUGUAAAAGUGUAAAGGCUUUAGCAUCCAAUUUCCAGGGGGAGUUGGGUCAUGCCAUAUGCUUCACUUAUUAAUCACAGCUCUUUCUGCAUUUUUAAGGGCUCCUUCAGAACGCAAGUUUUUUUUUAUGAUUAGUUGAAUUCUUAUAGUCACCCUUUA